CAUCGAAUAUAAUGUCGGAACAAUGCCUCUGUUUACUCCUUGUUUACUUUUACCGAAAUUACAGCAGCGAUGGAAAUCAAGGCGGAGAAAUAGCCACAGAGAAAGGCCUCAGAGCAAUAGCGAAGAAGCGCUGUCAUUUGCAUAAAAAUAUAGAGCUACGCAUUGAAGAGAGAACAUUGUGAGAGGAAACUUCUUGAUUACUUUUAUUCCUCUUAUUCGCUCUCUCGGUGUGCACUCAAAAUCUUGCAAGAUAUAGGGGCUACUAUAAUUGGCUUCAGCAAGUCCAUUCAUUAUGAAAAUUUAAAUUCAAUAAUGCUUUGUUUUCCUCUGUGUGGGUCUCAGACCCGCGUUCAGGUAUCCACGUGACCACGAAGUUCAUGCAGUUUAAACUGAGUUUAAGCUCGUCAUCCUAGCUCAGCCUACCUCACAGGGUGGUUGCUGUAAGGACAAAAUGAAGAGGGACUGCCCCUUUCUGCGUCCGUUUGAGUGCCUGGAGAAACGUGGAAAAUAAAUGGAGGAUGGAAGAAAACAACCUAUGAUGGUACUGCAGGUUUCCAGAAUCUGUUUCCCAUGCAGCCUGCUGUUUCAUUGAGGAGAAACUCUGAAGUUAAAUAUGUGCGUGACUCUACUGUUGUCACUCUACGUUCUAGUGGACCUGGACCAAUGAGAAGCUACGUAUAUAGAGGCCGGUGUACUUCCUCUCCUUUUCUCCUCCUGGCUGCGGGGCAGGUGCUACGUCACAAACUCAGGAGUUGGACCUGGACUGAAGGGGUUAACCGUCUUUAAGAAAAUGGGCUAUGACAUGGAGCGCUUUGUUGGUUAUGUUAAUGAAGGGCUGCUGUGUUGCAUCUGCCGAGAUGUGCUCCAGGACCCUCUGCAAGCUCCUUGCGAACAUGCCUUCUGCACUUCCUGCAUCCAUGGAUGGCUCGUUCAACACAACAGCUGCCCAGAGGAUCGCCAGUUCCUUGAUUUGUCUGUCCUCCGACCACUUUACAGGUACAUGAGGAAUGAUCUUAAUCGACUUCAGCUUCACUGCAGAAACACAGCAAGUGGCUGUGAAAUAGUGUGUUCACUAGAAUCCAUUGGCCGACAUGAACGCGAGUGUGAAUACAGCCAGAUACCCUGUUCAAAUAGUGGCUGUCCUCUCCAAGUUGAACGGCGUAAUUUAGAUAGCCAUUUGGUAGUGUGUGAAUUUCGGAGUCGUGAAUGCCCCAAUGGCUGUGGAUAUGCCAUUCUCAGUGCUGGAGAUGCCCAGCACAACUGUGUGGCAGAGCUGAGAACUGAACUGGAGCUACUCAGAUCAGAGAUGAUCUGCCAAAUAGAAGAAGCAAAGCAUGAGAUGCAGUCUCGCUUAGAUUCUCAAAGGAGACACAUGGUGCAAAAAGAGAGUCUUUUGCAAAAUGAAAUUGAAGAACUUAAGAGUCAGAUGUCCAAGAUGAUGUCUAACAUACAGGCUCUGAUGGCAACAGAAAGAAAGCACCGCCAAGAGUUGGAGCAGGCAGAACUUGAAAAACGCGAAGUGUUGGAGUUAAUGAAGAACUUCCAAAAAGAUUGCCUCUCACCUCAAAAUGGAAGCAAGAAAGCAACACAUUUCCAACCUCUAUCACGACUGGAAAGUAUGAAACGAAAGACAUGGGAGGCAACAGCCAUAUAAGCUGAAAGUUUUAAAACCACUUUCACUGAACUUUGAAGUAAUUUUUAGAGGGCAAAAUUGUUAGGUUACCUUAUUCUAAAAAAAUAUCAGUUCUACUCAUUUAUAGACUUGCUUAUUUCCUUGGGAUCCUUUCAAAGCUCAUUGAGUUUGGGAAGAACUAUGCUUAAAAGAGAGUACUCUCAAGUGUUAAUCAUUUCAGGAGUCAGUGGUAGGAAUUUAAAAGCUGGGAAAUGAUUUAAAAAUCUUGUUCCACAUGAAGAUACAUUUGUCUGUUUUUCCCCCUCAAAUGAGUAACAAAACUUCUUUGUGCUAUUUAUGAACAGGGUAUUCAAAAAAUCUUAGAGAUAUGAAGGUUAAGGGACAAAAGACUUUAGUUUUAACAUGAAAAUUAUAGGAAUAAAAGUUUCAGCAAAAAACUACAUCCUUUCUUCAGUAGUUGAUAUUCUAAACUAUGCAAGAUAAAUUCUGAUUCUGAUUAUUACUUUACUUCAGUGGGGGUUUUUUUCAGGUAAUUUGGAAAUCUCCAGAAUAGUCUAAUUCUCAGUUUAUAGGUAGAAGACAAAGUAAUAAUAAAUUUAAGCCUUUGUAUUCAGUUUUUAAAAAGCUACCCCCUACAGUUAAGAUCUAAAGAGAAGAUUUUACAGUGCCUUUAUAACCCUAACCCUUACGGGACACUACUGCAGAAGUGCAAUAUAGUUAACGUGAUUUAUAAGCUAACCUUACAGCCCAACCUACCUCAUAUGGUUGCUUCAGGAAUAAAAUUGGAGGAGGAAAUACUACAUAUUUCACUUGAGCUCCCAGAAUAAAGGUUAUGUUUUGAUUAUCACCCUAAUCAAAAAACAAGCUCACACCAGAGCAGUUCUCCCAUAGCUACAUUUGAACCAAAUCUAUUUGUUAAUGAGCAUAUCAAUUUUCCAUUACCAUAAGAACAUAAAAGCUCAUUUCUAAUAUAAACUAGUUUUUUUUUUCAUACUGAUUUCUCUUUUAAUGAAGAUAGUGCAGAAUAGCAUUAGAUUAACAAGUUUUCCAGUAUUGUAAUACUUCAAAGAGAUUUGUAAACAUUGUAAUGGUUUUUAAUGUUACAAAUACUCAGCUGCUAGAAAAUUAACAUUACAAAUACUCAUCUACUAGAAAAAGCAUAUCCAAGAACUAAUAAAGCUAAUGAGUAUUUUUGCAAGUAUGAUCAAAAACUGGAUUUUUGGAGUCAAGGACUGUUUAAUGAAAAAUUGUCAGUACAUAAAAGAUGAAGGGUCAUACAGGAAUUUACCCUUUGGGAAUCUGGAGCUGCAGAAAAAGAAAUUAAGACUAUCACAGAUUUGGUCAUGUAUGCAGUGUGAAUAAUGCUUGGCAAAAGAACACUAGAAGAGGUGUGACUGCAGACUGCUAAAAUGUACAUCUUUGUGCAUCUUUCUUUGAAAUAAAUACUUCCUUUCCAGUA